AUGCUGUCGCACGCUGCGACCUCUCUCCGUCCCCGUUGGCUGUCCACGAGCAACGUCGCCCGACUGCGCGGUACCCCACACCUCAAGCGCAAGUUGGGUCAGCACCUGCUCGUGUCCGAUGACGUGUUGCAUCAAAUUGUGGCCGCUACAGGACUUGCAGCAGACACUUCUUCGUCGGACAUUGUCCGUGUGCUCGAGAUCGGUCCAGGCACGGGCAACUUGACGUCCGCCUUACUGCAAAUCAGUCCUCGAGUACACGUCCAUGCGGUCGAGUUUGACGAUCGUAUGGUGGAGCGAUUGAAGCGCCGGUUCCCGUCGGAGAUCGAGUCCCGCAGUCUCGUGCUCGAGCAUUCGGACUUUGAGGACUUUCGCUUCCACGCCGACCUGUCGGAGACGCCGCAGGACGACGCGAUCCCGUUUGAUGUCUGUGCAGCCAAUAUCCCGUACCAGCUGUCGUCACUCGUAGUGUCUCGACUGUCGAGCUACAUGCACCGGUUCCCCACGAGGUUCAAGUGUGCUGUGCUGAUGGUUCAGGAGGAGUUUGCACUGAGGUUGUUGGCGCCGCCAGGGCACAAGAACUACAGUCGCUUGAGCGUCAACACGGCGCUCGUAGCGGACGUCACGUCGGUGGCAAACGUGUCGAGGCGACUCUUUUUGCCGCCGCCAAAAGUGAACUCGCGCGUGAUCAAACUCGUGCCACGUGCAGCACUGACGCCUGUGCUUCCUACGACUGACGAGUGGUUCUUUCCAAAGUUUGAUGCACUGCUGAGACUUUGUUUCGAGCGCAAGAACAAGACGCUGAGAGCGUUGUUGCUGGCAAAGACUGCAAGAUCACACUACGUAGUACAGCACGAGGGAGGGGAAGAUGUGCACCAAGUGGUCACGGAGCGUGUCGAGGCCGCUCUGGAGGCCAGUGGACUCACGUCCAACCGAGCAGUAAAAGUGUCAGUAGGUGAGUUCAUGAAGCUCCUGCAGGAGCUACGUGAGCGCGGAAUCGAUCUGCGCCCGAGCACCACACGCCAUUUUCGAAAUUAG